AUGAGCACUACGACCAGGACAAUCCCAAGCACAAUAACGAUCGAGGGUGCAGGGGCCGCAAGUGCAAUAGGGUCCCGACCAACACAACAAGAUCAGUACACAUUCCUCCUCCCAGAGAACUUCUUAACGAACUCCGACGACAAGAUAGCCUUCUUCGCAGUCUACGACGGGCACGGUUCCAGUAAAGUCUCCAAACACGCCAACGAAAACAUCCAGCGCUUCCUACAAGAAAGCCCGGAGCUUGAAUCGGGUCGGUACGAAGAGGCCAUCCAAGAGGCUCUUAAGAAAGAGGAAGCGGCGCUACUGAAAGGAUUCCGCGCCGGCGAGGAGAAAUUCGCGACGUCCGGGUCGACUGCUGCCUUGGCCUUGGUCAAUCUGACCCAGGGCGUUCUGGUUGUUGGCAACUUGGGUGAUUCGCAUAUUCUCAUGGCCGAUUAUACUGGGGCGAGCGAGGGGGCUACUGAUAUCCGUCGGAUAACGAAGGCACAUAAACCGGGCGAUCCUGAUGAGAAGAACCGAAUCAUGGAUGCCGGCGGUGUGGUCAACACCGACACUGGGACGGAAAGGCUAGGGGCCCUGAACAUGUCCCGGGCGCUGGGCGACCUCCAGUAUAAGGAACCUCUUAUUAACUCGGGGACGGGGCCGCUCAAUGAACCGCAGAGGCGCGCUGAUAUCACCUUUUCAACUGAGCAACAGAGUCUUCUGUCGAGUGAACCAUACCUGACACGGGUCAACCUGAAUGAUGGGGGUCAACACGUUUUGAUCUUAACCUCAGAUGGCGUGACUAAUGGGCUUGAAGAUGAGAUUAUCGUACAUGGGUUAUUGACCUGCUACCGGUCUGGGCUAAAUGCAACAGAGUCUGCGAAGUAUAUUGUUGACGAGGCUGCGGAUGUGCCGGGGAGCGAUAAUGCUACGUGCAUUGCGGUUUUCAUUGGUGGUAGAUCAUGA